UUCAUUUUUUGGGGAAAUACCAAGCCAAGUUAGUGGUUUGAGCAUGCUAGAAAGUCUGAAUCUUUCACAUAAUGAACUAAAUGGCUCCAUUCCAUCAUCAUUUCAGAGUAUGGAAAGCUUGACAUCCAUUGAUGUAUCUAUAAUGAAUUGGAAGGGCCAGUCCCGAACAGUAAGCUCUUCCAACGAGCUCCAAACCAGCGGUUCAUGCAUAAUAAGAAGCUAUGUGGUGUGGUGAAUGGAUUACCCCCUUGUAAUAGUGUAACUCAGAGCAGAGACAAGUGGAAAGGAUACAAAAUACUUGUACUAGCUCCUGUUCUGGCUCUGAUAUGUCUUAUUCUUAUUGUGAUGAUAUUGAUGUUCUGGCAUGAAAGAAACAAAAUCAAGGAAACCAACAAUGAUAAAGUAACACAAGAAAAAGUCUUCUCUAUUUGGAGUUUUGAUGGGGCAAAUGUGUUCAAGCAAAUAGUUGAAGCAACCAACCAUUUUAGCGAGAUGCAUUGCAUAGGAACCGGGGGAUAUGGAUCUGUGUAUAAAGCUAUACUUGCAACAGGCGAAAUAUUUGCAGUGAAGAAGAUACACAUGAUAGAAGAUGAGUGUUGCGUAAAUGAGCAGUUGUUCAAUCGUGAAGUUGAGGCAUUGGUGCAGAUUCGUCAUCGAAACAUCGUACAACUUUUGGGUUAUUGUUCCUCUAGCCAAGGCAGGUUCCUUAUCUAUGAAUAUAUGGAGAGAGGAGACUUGGCAAAAAUGUUGAAGGACAAUGAAACGGCAAUUGAAUUGGAUUGGAGAAGGCGGAUAUGUAUUGUAUUGGAUGUGGUUCAUGCUUUGGCAUACAUGCACCAUGAUUGUUCAUCAACAAUAGUCCAUAGAGACAUAACAAGCAACAAUAUUUUGCUUGAUCAAGAAUUUAGAGCAUGCAUCUCUGACUUUGGUACGGCUAAAAUACUCAAUAUUUAUGGUCAAAAUCUCACAAGGCUAGCUGGGACGAAAGGCUACCUUGCCCCAGAGCUGGCAUAUACAGAAAACGUGACGGAGAAAUGUGAUGUAUACAGCUUCGGAGUGCUCGUUUUGGAGCUAUUUAUGGGAUCUCAUCCAGGCGAUUUGCUCUCAUCCCUCUCGUUGGCCACCAAGAACAAUUUUGUGUGCAUGCAGGAUCUGCUGGACUCCAGGCUUGCCCUCCCGGAUGCCGAGUCCGCCAUAGAAAUAUACUGCAUGCUCAGUGUCGCAGUUCGGUGCCUGGAGCCGCUUCCACCCCGCAGGCCAACGGCACGACGUGCCAGCGACGAGCUAUCUACGAUUAAAGCUUCUGAAGAUCAUGUUGAUUAUUUGCACGCCGGCAUCACCUUUCCUGUGAUGUAGUGCAUGUGGCUAUGGCUGAUUAAUUUGUAUCAUGUGGUUUCUUCUCUGCUACCUACC